GCUCCCAAACCCGUGCGUAAUAAUAGUAUCGCGGGGCGAGCAUGCCCCUGCAAAGCGCGCGCCAAACUUCGCAAGCGCCCUUCUCUUUGCAAAGUUUCCCGCUGCAAAAAAAGGAAAAGGGGGAAACUUUCUCGCCGCGGGGGCCUCUGCCGCCCCAGCUGCAGAGCGCGGCGGAUGAAUCCCAGGCCGGGCUCCCUUUUUUGGGGACAAAGUAGUCCCGCGAGGGCGAGCCUGUGCAGAGGCGAGGGGGGGAGGGGACAGGCAGGCGGCGGCGGCGGCGGCGGCGUCUUAGGCCAGCCCCCCCGGCCCCGGCCCUUCCCCUCCCGGCCGCGCGGACCAUGUCAGCCGCGGGGAGCCGGCCAGGCUGCUGAAGGCGAAGGGGGCAGCCGCUGCCGCGCCCGCACCAUGAAGCCCGACCGCGCGCCCGGCUGCCCGACGCCGCUGCUCCUCCUGCUGCUGCUGCUGCUGCUGCUGGGACUCCGGGACGCCGAGGCGGCGGCGUGCCACGGAUGCGUUUCAGGAUCCAAAUGUGACUGCAGUGGAGUGAAAGGAGAAAAGGGUGAAAGAGGGUUUCCAGGUUUGUCAGGUCAAGUAGGUUUACCUGGAUUUCCAGGACCAGAAGGACCACCUGGAUCAAGAGGUGAAAAAGGGGACGAUGGACUUCCGGGGCCAUUUGGACCCAAAGGAAUUAGAGGGCCUCCAGGUUUGCCAGGGUUUCCAGGAACGCCAGGAGUUCCUGGACUACCAGGUCAGGAUGGGCCUCCAGGAGCUCCCGGUAUCCCAGGAUGCAAUGGAACAAAGGGCGAACGUGGCUUCCCUGGCAGUUCAGGCUUUCCAGGUUUACAAGGUCCCCCAGGUCCUCCUGGCUUACCAGGUAUGAAGGGUGACCCAGGGGACAUCCUCACAUCUCCGUUGCCAGGACAAAAAGGCGAACCGGGAUUUCCAGGUCUGCCAGGAAUACCACUCCACUGGGACGAGGGGACAUGCCCCCAGCACCAUGGCAAUGCCUCGGAGGGAAUCCCCAGUGUAGGCCUUCCUGGUGGUCCUGGCCUACCUGGAGAGAGAGGACAGAAAGGGGAAGAAGGACUGCCUGGGGUUUCCAUUCCUGGACCACCUACCUGGAAACGAUAUUUCGAGCAACCUAGAUUAUGGGCCUCCCGACCCUUCAAAGAUUAUAAGACCGUUCCAUCCACUGGCCAGCUGUGUGAGCGAGGCCCUCCGGGCAUUCCGGGACGACCAGGAGAACCAGGGUUUGUGGGGACAAAAGGCCAGAAAGGUGAUAAAGGAGAUACCUGCUUCAAUUGCAUAGGAACUGGCAUUCCUGGCCCUCCAGGGCCGAAGGGAUUCCCAGGGCCACCUGGAAGUCCAGGUUCUCCUGGUUUCUCCGGCCCCAAGGGUGAUAAAGGCCUAGCUGGGUUACCUGGUCUUGUCGGCUCACCAGGGUUUCCUGGCCCGGUAGGCCCUCCUGGACGCCCUGGCGUGAAAGGCGACCCUGGUGAAGUCCUUGGCUUCCCUGGAAUGAAAGGUGAAAAGGGAGACCCUGGUUUCCCCGGACCUUCAGGUCUGCCUGGACUAGCUGGUUCUCCUGGAAGAGAUGGACAACCAGGUCUCCCUGGGCCAAAGGGCGAGCCAGGUGGCAUUGCUUUCAAGGGGGAAAGGGGUCCACCUGGCGACCCCGGAUUGCCUGGGCUUCCUGGAGAUCGAGGGCUAACAGGGCCUCCUGGAUUUGGGCCACAAGGGCCCGCUGGCGAAAAGGGCAUGCAAGGUGUUUCCGGGCGGCCAGGACCCCCUGGAGUGCCAGGACCAAAAGGUGAAACUGGUCAAACCAUUACAGAAACAGGGUUGCCGGGCAUCCCCGGUGACCCAGGCAGAGACGGCGAACCUGGAUUUCCAGGUGAUCCUGGACAGCCGGGACAGCCUGGAUUGCCGGGAACACCAGGUGCAAAGGGCGAUCCAGGUUUACCUGGCAUUGGACUUCCAGGGCCCCCAGGGCCUAAAGGUUUGUUCCCCUUAGUAUUCUAG